CGGCGGCCGCCAUUUUGCUCGGCGGCGCUGCGGGCCGGACGGUGCCGCGGGGCCGCGUUUCCGGGUGCGGCGGGAGGAGGCCGCGGGCGGCGGGCAAUGAGUGACCAGGCCUGCGCCCAGCACUGAGCACUGGAGCCACCGGGAGCUGGGCCAGGAUGCCAAUCCCUCCUCCCCCGCCGCCGCCGCCAGGCCCCCCGCCGCCUCCCACCCUCAGCCAGGCGAACACUGAGCCGCCAAAACUGAGCCGGGAGGAGCAGCGAGGCCGUGGGGCCCUCCUGCAGGACAUCUGUAAAGGGACCAAGCUAAAGAAGGUGACACAAAUCAAUGACCGCAGUGCACCCAUCCUGGAGAAGCCCAAGGGCAGCGGCGGCGGCGGCAGCUACGGCUCUGGCUCAGCUGGCAUCCAGCCCAAGGGUGGCCUCUUCCAGGGCGGCGUGCCCAAGCUCAGACCCGUGGGAGCCAAGGAGAGCUCAGACAGCUCCGGUAAGCAAACCCUGCAAGUCCCCGGUGCCAGAGCAGCUGCCCCCAGGCCCCCGGUACCGGCCAGCAACAGCCGACCUCAGGAUGACGCCGACAGCAGCCGAGGCUCUCCGCCAGAGCUGCCGCGCACGCAGAGGCCUUCGCUGCCGGACCUGUCCCGGCCCAACACGGCUGGCGGCACCGGCAUGAAGCACAGCUCCUCCGCCCCGCCCCCGCCGCCGCCCGGCCGCCGCUCCGCCGCGCCCCCCGCACCCCCUCCGGCACACGGCGGCGCCAAGGUCACCUCCUACAACCGAGAGAAGCCUCUGCCGCCCACCCCGGGACAGCGACUGCCCGGCGGCAGGGAUGGACCCCCCGCCCCGCCCCCCAUCAAACCCCCUCCCUCCCCAGUCAGUAUCCGAACGGGGUCGGGAGCUCAGGGCCAGUCUCUCGCCCCCCCACCCCCUCCUUAUCGGCAACCUCCCGCUGUCCCCAACGGCCCUUCCAGCCCCAGCAACGAGUCCGCCCCGGAGCUGCCGCAGAGACACAACUCCCUGCACAGGAAGACGCCAGGCCCCCUGCGGGGGUUGGCACCGCCGCCGCCCACCUCCGCCUCCCCCUCUCUGCAGAGCAGCCGCCCCCCUCCGCCGGCCAGAGACCCCCCGAGCCGCGGAGCAGCCCCUCCGCCCCCUCCGCCGAUGCUGCGAAACGGAGGGCGUGACGCCCCCCCGCCCCCACCCCCUUACAGACUGCACCCCUCUGCCGAGCCUCCCAGCCGAGGGAAGCCACCGCCACCACCCACCAGGACGCCGGCUGGGCCGCCCCCACCCCCGCCGCCACUGCGCAACGGGCACCGAGACUCCAUCUCCACUGUCAGAUCAUUCCUGGAUGACUUUGAAUCCAAGUACUCCUUCCAUCCUGUCGAAGACUUCCCAGCCCCAGAGGAAUUUAAAUACUUCCAGAGAAUCUACCCCAGCAAAACAAACAGAGCUACACGUGGAGCCCCCCCUCUGCCCCCCAUCCCCAGGUGAAAGUGGCUCACAGGGGUGGCUUGUUCCUGAGCAGAGAGAUGAGCUCCUUCCCCUUCCUGCGCCAAGCCCUCCCCACCCCCCGGCCCCCCCGGACCCUGCAUGAGACACUCCCAGCAUCUUCGGCUCUGCCAGCGGCGCCAGGACGAGCAGAUCUCCCCCUGCCCAGCUCUCCACCAGCCCACCCUCACCUGCGAGGCUCCCCCGGGGACUCCUUGACCUUGCUGCUGAGCCCGGCCAGGGCCUUUUCCUCCUCGCUAAUUCCGGGUCCAGACCCAGCACCAGGACUUGGGGCAGAGAUUGACCUGUGCCCAGGUGGUUGUUGGGACCAGGGGUGGUGGCUCAGGGCCCAGUUCUUUGGGCUUGGAGAGGAGCUGGGGUAGGUCAGGACAGAGACGCUGCGUGACCACCGGCUGCACCGGCGGCGGAGCCCGGGGAGGGGCUGGGAGGGGCUGGCACAGCCCCAUUGCCCUGCCCCAGUCCAUUGCUAUUUUGCACAGGAGCCAGUGGAGGAGCAGGGUGGGGAGUGAGACCAUGUGGGGAGACCCCAACAUUACUGGGGUGGGGGAGUGGGGGCGGGGAGGUAGGGACAUGCCCAGUGCCACCCAGCACUGGGGUGAGGGCAUACCUGGCGGUGGCCACUUGGCUUUUAACACUACGUUACCAAACCUGAGCGUUUAAGGGGAAACACUAAGGGUGCGUGGAGGAAGCUGGGAGGUGCCAUUCCCGGGGUGGGAGGGGGUGGGUUUGAUUGUUCUGGUUCUUAGGUGGUGGGCGGCAUAGGAAGGGACCUGAGGCCACAGCCCCCAUGCUGGGGAAGGGGGUGGGGGUUGGGGCUGACGCAUUGCCUUACACUGCCCUGUCCGGCUGCCGGUACCGGGCUGGAUACUCUCUAUUUACUCACGGUUCAGAGGGGGGCUGGACAUUAACUGUAGUUACUGAUCUCUUUUGUACGUUGUAAACUGCUUGUACUGUAGGAGGGCAGUGGGCUCGCUGUGGGGGUGCUGACACCUCCCCUCCCCCCUCCCUGACUGUUCUGGGGGUCGGGUUUAGGGUUUUGGUUUUUGUUUUGGUUUGUUUUGGUGUUUUGUUUUUCUAUGAAGAUGGAAACUCUCCCAGUUUGGACUGGAGUGCGGCAGAGCAGGGCAAAGGCUGCUCAUGGAGGAGGGGAGGUGGUCUCUGGAGGAUGAGGACCCCUCAACCUCACCACUGCUGCUGUUUGGUUUAAAUAAAGGUCAAUAAAGGUUCUCCCCAAGCGCUGGGUGCCCCCCACCCCCUAGGGAGUGUGGGGGGUAUUUUAAGAGGGAACAAUAAAAACCCAGGAGCUUGAAACUGCAUUUAAAUAAAGGUAAUAAAGAGA